UCAGUACCUGUGCGACUAACCUUCCGCCAACUGGGAUGAAACGCGCGUGAUUCGGUUAUGACGCGUACGCCGCAGAGAGGUUAGUUCGUUUGUUUUCCCUGGUUCUAUGGAUUAUGACGCUGUGGCCAAUAAUGUAAUUAUGAACCAGCUCUGUAAGGUGUGCGGGGAGCCAGCGGCGGGCUUUCAUUUUGGCGCUUUUACCUGUGAAGGAUGCAAGUCCUUUUUUGGAAGAACCUACAACAACAUCAGCUCCAUCUCCGAAUGCAAAAACAACGGCGAGUGCAUCAUCAACAAGAAAAACCGCACAGCCUGCAAAGCGUGCCGCCUCCGAAAAUGCCUCCUCGUCGGCAUGUCAAAAAGCGGCUCGCGGUACGGCAGGCGCUCCAACUGGUUCAAAAUCCACUGCCUCCUCCAGGAGCAGCAGCAGCAAGCAGGCGCCAACAUGGCUGCUGCCGCAGCAGCUAACCUCCUGCGACCACAUCCCUACCUAUCCCCCCUGUUCCGCAGUCCCCAGAUAACUACCCCUCACACCCCCAGAGACAGGUCCUCGGAGUCCGACAGCGGAGCCUCCUCUGCAGAUAUGGAGGACGAAAUGAGGUCCACGAGUGCCUUGAGUUAUCUCAAAUCAUCAGCGUCGCCAUCUAGUGACAAGGACUUUUAUUACAGUAGCAAGAAGCUAGCUUCCUCCUCGAGUGAUUCGGAGUUUUUCGCGCGGAAAAAGGUCGCGGGUGUUCUAAAUUCAGCGCAGUCGGUAUCCCCUGCUUCGUUACCGUCAGUAUCCCCAAGCGGAUUGGUCCCUAAGUGGAUUCCUCCCUUCCAAGGCAUCGGAGACCCUUCGGCUUGGAGGGAUUUGUGGCUUCGCGCGCCUCCCCCUCCUCUAGCUGCCCCUGCUCCUGAUCAGGAUCAGCCGAUAGAUCUCUCCGUGAAGGCUGACAGUGCUGGAAAGGUUUCUCUCCAGGAGGAGAAUUAUGACAGUGAACGGGAACAGAGUAUAGACGUGGGAGUGGAAGAGCCGGUGAAAAUGGCGCCGCUGGACUUGACUUUGGAAAGGCAAGUGGGGGGUGUGGGAAACUUCACUUGAUGGGAUGGAAGGGGUGUGGGCUAGGAUGUUCCUAUUUAAUUUCUUUAGAUGUGGGAUUAUGGGGGUUCGGGGGCAAAAGAUCUCGUUUGGUUUGCGUCAAUCGAAAACUGGGAGGAGUUGAAAUUAUUCGUAGAGGAAAAAUGUUUUGAUAUGAAAAAUAUGAAUGUUGAAUCUAUGGCUACGGACCAAUCUCAUGCAGAAAACUUGUAGUUCUUCAUAAAUCUAAACUGAGUCACAUUCCACAACAUAUCCCUACUUCACAAAGAAAGUUUUGUGAUGAUACAUCGAAUAAAACUUUUUAGCAUUCCUCUUCGAAGUGUCUGGAAAAAACAUUUGUUGUAUCACCUCAUCAGCACCGUUUUGGAUAACUUUACAAGAUGGAAAAUUCAUUUAUUCGAAUUAAGAAUACACUAGCUCGUUACUUGACCCCUACGGUACUAGAAUGAAAAUUUCAUUUGUGAAAAUUCCAUGACCAGUAUAAUGAAUAGAUUCGUUUCUUUCAUAACUUCUCCGUAAUCAAAGUCGUUAUGAAAGAAUCGAGUGCUUUUUCUUGGGAUGUUAUUUGGUGCUGAUAAGACAAGUGUUUUGUCCCGAAACUUCGAAGUGCACUAUUGAAAAUGAUGGUGUUCUAUGUGAGUGGACAUCAAGUUUGAUUAUAGAGAAUCAGAAAGUUAUUUCCGAAAAAUUGAAAACCUGAAAUGAAUUGUUGAAUUUGAUUCAACAUUUUUCCGUUAUUGGGAAUGGAUUUAGAGUUUUUUGAAUAAAAAUAAUGAAACAUGAGAUUGAUUCUGCGUUCUUAGUUAGAAUAUUUAUUUAAAUAAAUGAUUCUUGAUUGGAUUUUCACGUUAUAGUACUUAGUUGGCCAGUGUACAUACAUCAUCUACUUGUGUAAGUGUGGAAAUGUUAUUGAUAGUUACUCUGUUAAGUUUGGUUGUUAAUCUUGAUCGAAACAUUUGUUUCGGUUCAGCGAAAGGAUCAGGAAAAACAUAAUUUGUUUAUAUUGAAAGAAGUCCAUUGCUUACGAGUAAUUAUAUUUUUGUAUUUAUUGUUCAUAACAGAUACUGUUACUGAUUUUUUUACUGGGUGAAAUGUGGUGUAAAAAUCUAGCCACAAGAGAAUUUCAGGUCUUUCAGUAAUAUUUGGUAAUUGUAACUUUCAAAAUAUCAAAAUAGCAAAUAACAGAUCCUUUUAUUGAACUGUUUUUGUACUAUUUCCACAUUUUGUGAUACUACUCCGUCCACUCAAUAUAAUAUAGUCAAUUUUAGUGAUUUUCAAUUGCAAAAUGGUUUUUGUCACGGAAUGAUUAGCACAUGGUGUUGAAUGAAGUGUUGAAAAAUAACAACUGAAUAUUCCUUAUUGUAAAUUAGCUCUCUGGGUAUUUGAGAAUGAAUAGAAUUCCUUUUAUUUUCAAUAUAAAAAAAGUUUCAUAAGUAGCAAUGUUUGAUUUUGCAAUUUUUUCUAUAUAUCAAAAUUGGAAAUGUAAUUAUUUCGAAAAAUUAUGUACAUUGAAAUGGCAGCUAUUUUUUAUUGAUGACAAAGAUAAUAAUCUGAUUCCAUCUUAUUUUUCUCAUGUUUCUUCGGAACAAAACGGUUCGUUUAGUAUUGGAUGAGACUAAAAAUAAAAACAUUGAUUAUCGAAACGUAUCUACAACGAUUUUUUUGAAGCAGUGCCUGUCCGCUCAUAUUAUAUUUUUUAAUACACUGAACAUUCAUUUAAGUAUAAGGGAUUUAGUAUUCUAGCUGAUACUAUAAUUAUUAUUUGUUGUGAAUGAAAACUUUUUUGUAUCACUCUGUUGGAACUGGGAGGAAUUGGAUUAGGUAUUGUUUUUAUCGAAAAAUUUUAUGAGGAAGAGUAAUAUUUCUGAACGACUUCGUAAAUUUAUUUUCAAAUGACCAGAGAAGAGCUAUAAAAGAUAAUAGUUUCACGAAGAAUAUUAUGGUGCGAAAUUUGCAUAAGAAAUCGAUCGCCACUUCCUGUUUGUAAAAAAAACUUGAAAACGUGCGAUAAAAUUAACUAGGUAGCAGAAAUUUGGAGCAAAAAAACAUAAAACCAAUACCUUCUAGGCGAAACAUUUCUGGAAUCAAAUUUAUAGACUCCAAUUAUUGCCAUUUAGUUUAUGGAAUAUAUUUCGAAUGGGAAAAAAUCUUCAAUGACGAGAUUGAAACCUCCUCAAAACUUUUUUUGAUUCUAGAGAAAUAUCACCGAGAUGCCUUGAUUAGCUCUUAACGACAAUAUAUGGCAAUUAUUAAAUACUUAGGUAAUAGAAUUACACCGAAAGAAUUUUUAUCGUGUAAUAUAUUUUGGUUACUUUGCUGUUUUUGUAUAUAGAGAGAGAUAUGUUGAAGUGAAUUUGUCAGAGAAAUAUUUUUAUACAUAUUUAUAUAACGACUUGUGUAUGAAAUACCGAUGUCAGAUAUUUUUUAUAAUGAAGAUGAAUCAUUGUAUAUGGCCAGUAAACACGUGCCUUAUGUUAUACAUUUUUUCAUAUUGUGCUUUGAAUAAAAACGUUUUGUUGUC